AGUAGGUCGUUCAUGUUACGUUGUUGUUGUUGAAGUAGUUCAGUUUUGAGGUUCUUUUCCUUGAAAUGAAGAAAUCUUAGACAUGUUCGUUACCUAGGGUUUUUGUCUUGGAAUUUGGAUGUCUUGGCGUGGAUGCUUUUUUUUUCUUGUAUUGAUUCUCAGUUCAGAUUGGUUUUUUAUUAUAAAAUUUAUCUAGAAAUAGGAGAAUGGUUCUGCCGAUUAGUGUGAACACAAUUGAAAUUGCAAUUCAUUUGGAAUGGAAUCAAUGGAGUACGAGUACAUUCAAUUGCUUCAAAAGAUUCUGGUGGUCUCUGUUUCUCUUUAUCUCUUUCGGAAGAUUAUCAAGCAUAUGGCUAGUUUCAUGAAUGUUGAAAAAGAACCCUUGAAGGUCCUUGUCACUGGUGCUGCAGGGCAAAUAGGCUAUGCUCUUGUUCCUAUGAUUGCCAGGGGAGAGAUGUUGGGGCCAGAUCAGCCUGUUAUUCUGCAUAUGCUUGAUAUUGAACCUGCUAUGGAGGCCUUGAAUGGGGUAAAAAUGGAGUUGAUCGAUGCUGCGUUUCCCCUCCUCAAAGGUGUUGUUGCCACCACAAAUGCUGUUGAGGCUUGUGAAGAUGUCAACAUAGCAAUUAUGGUUGGUGGGUUUCCUAGGAAAGAGGGAAUGGAAAGGAAAGAUGUGAUGUCUAAAAAUGUAUCCAUUUACAAAGCUCAAGCUUCAGCUUUGGAGAAGCAUGCAGCUCCCAACUGCAAGGUGCUAGUUGUUGCCAAUCCAGCCAACACAAACGCACUCAUCCUAAAAGAAUUUGCCCCUUCAAUCCCUGAGAAAAAUAUCUCAUGUCUUACGCGGCUUGAUCAUAAUAGGGCUCUUGGGCAAAUCUCAGAGAGGCUGAAUGUAGAUGUCAGUUAUGUGAAAAAUGUCAUCAUAUGGGGUAACCACUCUUCAACUCAAUAUCCUGACAUGAAUCAUGCAACUGUCAUUACUAGCAGUGGAGAAAAAUCUGUCAGAGAACUUGUUGCCGAUGAUCAAUGGCUGAAGACUGAGUUCAUCACCACUGUUCAGCAGCGAGGUGCAGCCAUCAUCAAAGCCCAAAAACUCUCAAGUGCAUUGUCUGCUGCCAGUGCUGCCUGUGAUCAUAUACGUGAUUGGGUUCUUGGCACCCCUAAGGGGACAUGGGUAUCUAUGGGAGUUUACUCAGAUGGGUCUUAUGGGAUCCCAUCUGGCCUUAUCUACUCCUUCCCUGUUACUUGUGAGAAAGGAGAAUGGUCAAUUGUGCAGGGUCUCAAGAUCGACGAGUUUUCAAGGGAAAAGAUGGAUGCCACAGCAAACGAGCUCAUUGAGGAGAGAUCUUUAGCUCAUUCAUGCCUUAAUUGAUAAUGUACACUUUACUUGUGGGAUAUAUGUGUCCAUCAAAUCGAAUUAAAUUGUUAAUUGUUAAUUAAUUUGCUUUUAUAUAUCAUGGCAAUUGCCUGUACUAAGGUUCAACCUUAAAUUAUUCACAAAUAGGGUCAAAAUUGGGCAUUUUGCUUAUAGGGAAGUCACAAUGUAUAUCUAUCAUCGCUUCCCAAAUAUAAACGUGAAUAUUCAUAUUGUAUAUGAAAUUGGAUCAUCUAAGUAUCUUGCAUAGUUGUUGGUUUCUA